GCGGCGGCUGUGCUGCUCCUCCGGCCCAAAGAUGCUGAGUCCCGAGCGCCUAGCCCUACCGGACUACGAAUAUUUGGCUCAGCAACAUGUCCUCACAUACAUGGAGGAUGCCGUGUGCCAGCUGCUAGAGAACAAGGAAGAUAUAAGCCAAUACGGCAUUGCCAGGUUCUUCACUGAAUAUUUUAACAGUGUGUGUCAAGGAACUCAUAUCCUCUUUCGGGAAUUCAGCUUUGUCCAAGCCACCCCCCACAACAGGGCGUCCUUCUUACGGGCCUUCUGGAGGUGCUUCCGGACCGUGGGCAAAAAUGGAGAUCUGCUGACCAUGAAAGAGUACCACUGUUUGCUGCAGUUGCUGUGCCCCGAUUUCCCACUGGAGCUCACUCGGAAAGCAGCCAGGAUCGUGCUCCUAGAUGACGCCAUGGACUGCCUCAUGUCCUUCUCGGACUUCCUCUUGGCCUUCCAGGUCCAGUUUUACUACUCAGAGUUCUUGGAGAGUGUGGCUGCCAUCUACCAGGACCUGCUGUCUGGCAAGAACCCGAACACCGUGGUGGUGCCGACAUCGUCCAGUGGACAGCACCGCCAGCGGCCCACGUCAGGCGAGGCCAGCAUGCUGGAGGGAGUGGAGGCGUCGCUGUUCUGCCAGUGCCUGGAGAACCUGUGUGACCGGCACAAGUACAGCUGCCCACCCCCUGCGCUGGUCAAAGAGGUCCUGAGCAAGGCGCAGCGGCUGACCUUCUAUGGGUUCCUUGUGGCUCUCUCAAAGCACCAGGGGACCAACCAAGCCCUAGGAGCUUUGCCUGACAAGGGGGACCUGAUGCACGACCCAGCCAUGGAUGAGGAGCUGGAACGGCUGUUGGUCCAGGUCCCAGGCCUGGCCAACUCAGUCACCGCCAGCCCAGAGACCAGCUGCCUGCCUUCCAGGACCCCUCCCCGGGGGGCCUCUCCCUGGAGACCCCACCACCACCCCCAUAAGGUGGAUGCAGAGAGUGAUGGCUCCACUGAAGAGACAGACGAGUCUGAGACUUGAGUCUGGGGAGGGAACCUACCGCUGAGCCCCCAUCCCUGGCUCCCUGCCCCCCCCACCCCACCCCCAAGCCCUUGGGACUCUCCUGCAACCUCUACAGCGCUCUGCCAUGCUUCCCUUUGCUGGCGAGGGGGCUGGAUAGCAGUAGCCCAAGACCUACCUCAAGGGCUCUGGUGACCAGCCAAGUCCACUGAGAACCCUAGAAAGUUCUCAUAGGCCCUCAGUCUCUGGUUGGUCACUAGGAACAGGGACUUGACCUUCUGCUGAGUCUUCCCGAUUUCUUGAGGAAGUCUCUUUGCUAAACCUCAGAUUCCUCUCCACAG